AUGAAGCAAACAAUUUUAAUUGUCUUUGUGAUAUUAUUCUUGUGCGACAAACUCUUCGCUGAAAAACCCAGCAUUCUUACCGAAGGUCCAUUCAUCAUUCUAGCAAGUGCCACAAACGAGACACAUAAAAAAUUAAAUAUGAAAUUUCUGAAUAUGGCCAAAAAAUUGGGAUUUGAGAUAAUCGAAAGUGAAAUUGAAAAUCAGAAUUUAUAUCAUCGUGAUCUUCAAAAUAAAGAUUCUUCAACUAUCACUAUCAACUUGAGCGUAACAGACACAGAGUAUUGCAAUAUAUGUAACUCAGCGAAUGACAUGAAUAUUAUUUGCUUUAGCGAAAUCAUAAUGGAAUGCCCACUCAACAACACUAAGCCAUUAGCCAUCACUACAGACUCCAUUUUAGAAUACGGCAUCCUCUACAACGCUAUUGCUAAUAACAAUUUCGAAGUGUUGAAUAAUGUUCUUGUUUGUCUACCUAAUAACCUUCCCGAGACUGACAAUAUCCAAGGCGAACUAAAAGAAUUGAACCCAAACUUAGCUGUUCUUUUUCAAUACAACUGUGAGACUCUCAAAGAUAUCAACUCUUCUCUACUAGCGAUCGUUACGCCUUCGCCCUACGAUUUGGAAACAAAUACUCCGACUAUAAUCUACAACACACCACAUCUUUAUCCUGAAGCCAAGGACCAAUUGCCUAAUAUGGCAAACCUAAUGAUACCCUGGAAACAUCUCAAGUAUGCAAUUCUUCAGUUUCUGAAGUCCAUGAAUUGGUACAGAGUAGCCGUGCUAUCGGAUGACGCUGAAGAUAGCGUUGAAUUUUUAGAGGAUCUAACACCGUUUCUUGAUGAAAAUGAUAUAACUUAUUCAAGUGAAAUAUGCAAUUGUAUUGGACGGAAUUGUGACUUUAUUGGUGCAAAUAAAAGGCUUACAGAUAUGAAGAUCGUGAUUCUAAACUUAAACUCUAAAAAUGGAAGGCAAUUUCUAAAUUAUAUGACGUUUCUCGACAAAAAUCGAAAGACAAAAAUAAAGUGGAUUGUACGCGGAUGGCCAUUCGACAAAGAUGAAAAGUUUCACAGCAUGGUUGAUCUCUUCUCGUUCACCCAGUCUUCUGUUUUCGGCGUAGCUCCGAGUUAUAACGACUUACAUUCUCCAUACGUAAGCGUGAUUAGGAGGAGUCUGGAACUCAUUACCACAUCGUACAAAGACGCUUUAGGCGACAGAGAAAAGUUUACCAAGUGGUUUGCAUCCAAAACCAAGGACAGUGCACCGUACAAAACCAUAGUUUACAUCAUUCGAAAGUUUCAUGAGCAAGAUUUACGUGUCGUCGCCACCAUGGAAAUUGAAAAUACCAAAGUAGUAAAAGAGUUGAAAUUCGCAAAAAUUUACGACAAACUACCUCUGGACGUGCCACGAGAAUGCUUCUUGAGAAGCAGGAACUACUUCCAGCCUUGUGACGACGAGUUACUCCUGAUUCUACUGGGCGUCUUGAUAUUGUUCAUGUUGGUCUAUCUUAUUGUCACUCUUUACUUUGUCAAGUGCCAUAAUAAUUUGUAUUCCCGGUUGUUUUAG